UCCGCCUCCGCAAUGCGCUUUGACGCAGCCUGACAAACUACCGAUCGACAGUUCGUGGGAUAGACAAGCUAAGUGCUGGGAAAAAAUAAAGUCCUGUAUUACGAGUGGGCUUCGAUGGGCCGGAAGUACUGCAAGGUGGCUUGGUGACGCUGCGUCUUGGAAUCCCAACUGGGAGGAGGCUUUGAAAAAGUUUAAUCAGCUACAUGUUUUGAGAAUUGCUGAAGGGUGCGCGCUAGGAGUAUCUGUAGGCCCAACCUACUUGCUCGAUCUGGAGCACCUGCUGGCAUGGCCUGACAAGACUGGUUUCGAGAGGCGAGGCCGCAAGAUAUACACUUUAAAGUGCGAGGCAGUCACUGACUCUGAUCUAACUACCCGGUUAUGGGUUCGAUCAGUUCGGACUCAUUGGGGCUGUCCGAUCUCAGAUGGCUCUAUCAAAAGCACGAUAACGGGACCAAGAUCACCAAGCUGUCAGUAUCAUAGCGAGGACGAAUAUACCGCAACUACGACGGUCCUACCUAGCUUUCAAGGUUUUAUGCAAUUUUCUUGUAGCUGGCAAGCACCACAAGUGGCGACGUUGUUGUGGUGUUUUCCUAUUGGCAGCCUUGUCCUGAUGGUAUAUCUGCGGGUCUAGGUGAUGAUUCGAUUAAUUUCACAACGCGACUUGAGCCAGCUUUAAUCAAAUCUAUCAGUUGGGCGUAUAGUUAUGCAAUCCUAAGUUUAUAUCCCAUGUAGUAACGACACUCUCUGCGCAAAGACGCGAAUAUCAAUUUAGCGUCUUGUUAUUCUUCAGAGAUUCUACUCUUAGGCGUCUCGACUCCCUCCCUCGUCAAUUUUCAAACUCAUAGUUAGCAUUUUGCUGUUCUUCGGAGUUUUGUCCUUAGAAAUCGCGUGUUUAGUUAGAAACGACGUUAGUGGUGUACAUCAUCUCAACCUACUCCUACUACACACCACUGCUUUACUAUAACCAUCUCUACAAUUUCAAAGCCCAGCAUAUUGUAACUAUACAGUUCAAUUAGCAAAGAAUUUGGUACCUAUAUAUGAAGGCGCUUAGCCU